AGUUUGAUCCGGGGGGGGGAGUGUUUAUUUGAGCCGGAAAAAGACCACAUGCUACCGCGCACAGCGACCAUGCACAGCUCCAUGCUGCUCGGCGGUGCGCUACUGUGCACCUUCCUGCUACGCUCCGGCACCGCCGGAGCAGAAAUGCUGGACACCGAGUCUGAGGAAGAGCUGAGCCCCAGAGCCCUGCGGGACUUUUACCCCAAAGGUCCGAACCUGACCAGCGAAAAGCAGCUGCUUGGAGCUCUCCAAGAGGUUCUUGAAAAGCUGCAGGCUAAACGUCUGCCUAUAUGGGAAAAGAAAUUUGGCCAAGUCCCAACGUGUGACAUCGGGGAACAGUGUGCCAUGAGGAAAGGAGCUCGGAUUGGCAAGUUGUGUGACUGUCCACGUGGCGCUUUCUGCAACUUCUACCUGCUGAAGUGCUUAUGAGCCUUGUCAGACCUGAAUGUGAAACUGAGAUGGAAAACGGUCUUGUGUAAAUACAGUAAUAUUUUUAUGAUUCAGCUGAAAAGACCAAG